AUGGAAAAGUCGUCAAUUCUUCUUGUUAACGUUCAGGGAUCUUAUGGUGAGAAUGAAUCAUCGGGAAUCAAUAAUCAAGAGAGUGGAAGUCAAUUGAAUUCAUCGACAGGAACAGGAUCAUCGUCAUGGUCAUCGCAUGCAGAUUCACGUUCCUACAAUGCGAAUAGAAAAAAAUUUUGUUGCCCCCGUUGUAAUAGAGGUUACACGCGAAUUUACGACAUGAAAACACACUAUCAAUUCCAGUGUGGAAAAGCGCCACGCUAUCAGUGUCGCUAUUGUGCUAAAACUGAUAAAUUCAGUUCAAAUAUGUAUAAUCAUGUGCGAAAAAUGCACAGGAACGAGCCAUUAGUCAUUAUAGAUUUAUUUAAACAAUUAUCGAGGACUAGUUACAUAGACUCAGAGUAUUACAGUACAUCAAUUGACGUGAAAUUCGUUUGUCCACAAUGUAAACGAAAUUUCCGACGAAUGAAAGGAUUAAAGCAGCAUAUGACUUAUGAAUGUAAUCGGCAACCACGUUUCCAGUGUCCAUAUUGUUGUCAACGUUCAAAAUUGUUGUCAAAUUUGUAUAAACACGUUCGACGAAUUCACGUGGGAAAUAAAGUCUGGGGCAUUGAUCUUCAUCAACAAUGA